UUGUGCCCGGCUCCGGGGGCCCGCGACGGCCGCUGCACGCCCGGGUCCAUUGUUUCUGUCUCUUCCGGGCAGGUGCCGGCGGCGCGCAGGGGCCGCACGUGCCCAAGCGGCGGCCGGCGCGCAGGGAUCCGCGGGCGCCGGCAGGGGCGUCCCCGGGCGCGCGGCGGGGGAUGAAGUACCUGAAGCCGUGGUGGUCGGACGGCGGCAGCCUCCUGCACCUCACCAUCCUGCUUAGCGUGGCGGGGUUUCGCCUGGACCUGGACCUCUACCUGCUGCUCCCGCCGCGGACCCUGCUCGGAGAUGAGCUUCUGCUCUCGGGCGGCCCGACGAGCCCUGCCUACGCGCUCAGCCCCUUCCCGGCCUCAGGAGGGUGGAGGCGCGCCGAGCUCCUGCACCCUAAGGGCCGGGAGCGGGACCCCGUGGCGCCGCCGGAGAGCCAGCUGCUCCGGGAGGUGCGCGCGCUGGGGGUCCCCUUCAUUCCCUGCACCCGAGUGGACGCGUGGCUGGUGCACAGCGUGGCUGCCGGGGACGCCGACGGGGCCCACGCGCUGCUCGGCGCCGCCGCCGCCUCUUCGGCCGGAGGAGUGGGCGCCGGCGUGAACGGCGUUAGCCAGGCUGCGCCGGGUAGCGGCGGGAAUCCCAGAGCGGCUCCGAGUAGCCCCUUGGCCGCCGGGGAGGAGGAGAAGGCUCCCGCGGAACCGACGGCUCAAGUGUCGGACGCCGGCGGACACGCGAGCGAGGAGAAUGAGGUACUAAGAGCUGUGGAUCACAGUUCCCAGCAUGAGGAAAAUGAGCAAAGAGCAUCAACCCAGAGGGAGAAAUCACUACAGCAGAAGAAUGAAGAAAAUAAAGUAGCAGAUAAACCUGCCUGGGAGGCAGAAAGGACCUCUGAACCUAGAAACGAGAUACAUCGAAAUGGAACAGAGAGAGUUUUCUCUCUGGAAGACUUAUUUCAGUUGCUUUCAUCACAGCCUGAAAAUCCACUGGAGGGCAUCUCACUGGGAGACAGUCCUCUCCCAGGAAGUAUCAAUGAUGGCAUGAAUUCUCCUACACAUUAUAAUGCAAAUUAUAGCCAGGCUGUAAGUCACGAUGUAAAUCUCCGUGAGGCCAUGUUGUUGUGUCCUGACAAUACAUUUAGAAGGGAUCCAGUAGCAAGGACUUCACAGCCACAGGAACUAUUUCUGCAGUUAAAUUCUCCUCUUACCAAUCCUGAACAGACCCUUUCUGGAACUAAUUUGACAGGAUUUCUUCCAUUUGACAAUCAGGUGAGGGACCUAACAAACCAAGACCUUCUGUAUGACCUUGAUGUAAACAUAUUUGAUGAGAUAAAUUUAAUGUCUUUGGCCACAGAAGAAGGUUUUGAUCCAAUGGAAAUUUCUCAGCUUUUUGAAGAACCAGAUUCUGAUUCUGGGCUUUCCUUAAACUCAAGCCACAACAGCACCUCUGUCACCAAGUCUAACUCCUCGCACUCUAUAUGUGAAGGUGCUUCACUUUCUAGUAGUGAAUCUCUUUCCCACCGUGACUUAGAAGGGGCUGUAGGAGGCUACUACCCAGAGCCCACUAAACUUUGUCACAUGGAUCACAGAAGUGAUUCUCAUUUUCAUGGGGACUUUGCAUUUCAACCUGUAUUACAUAACCACACUUACCACUUACAGCCAAGUGCACUAGAAUCCACUUAUGAAUCUUUUUCAUGGCCUGGGAAGUCACAGAAAAUAAGGCGUGGGUACCUCAAUGACACAGACAGAAACUUAAGCCGUGAUGAACGGCGUGCUAAAGCUCUGCACAUCCCUUUUUCUGUGGAUGAAAUUGUCCAGAUGCCUGUAGAUUCUUUCAACAGCAUGCUAAGCAGGUACUAUCUGACAGAUUUUCAAGUGUCGCUCAUCCGUGAUAUUAGACGAAGAGGGAAGAAUAAAGUUGCUGCUCAGAACUGCCGUAGGCGCAAACUGGAUGUAAUUUUGAAUCUGGAAGAUGACGUAUGUAACUUGCAAGCAAAGAAGGAAACCCUUAAGAGAGAGCGAUCCCAGUGUCACAAAGCUAUAAAUAUAAUGAAACAGAAACUGCACGAUCUCUAUCAUGAUGUUUUUAGUAGGUUAAGAGAUGAUGAAGGUAGGCCAGUCAAUCCAAACCAGUAUGCUCUUCAGUGCAGCCGUGAUGGAAGUGUUUUGAUUGUACCCAAGGAAUUGGUGACCCCAGGCCAAAAAAAGGAAAACCAAAAAGGAAAACGAAAAAGUGAGAGAAGAAAUUGAAGAUGGAUUCCAUCCAUACGCAUAAAGUCGUAAUGUUCAGAAACUGAUCAAAAACCAUUGAAUCUGCUUCGAAGUUUAGCUCAAGUGUUAUCUACUGCUACUUGAAUCACUCAGUUAAGGCUACAUUUUGAAGCUUAUAUGGACCAGUUUAGGACUUCAAUAUCAGACUUGGGGGCCUGUUUCAUGAACUAAUGUAGAAAUAGGGUGACGUGAUGGUCCCUUCAAAGAGAGCAAACACAUUUCAAAACAUGUUUUUAUGAUUUAAAAUAUUUUCAUUUAGAGUUUUCAAGAACUGUUUUAGUUUAAUUGAUGAAAACUUAUGUAGCUUUUUCUGUGGAAAUAAAUUUUGUAUUUGAUUUUAUAAA